AUGCGCGCUGCCUCUAUUUCCUUUUUACUCUCUACUAGUCUCGCACUUACGGAUGCGCUGAAGACACCCCUUGAAUAUGAGCGGGAGUUCUCAGAGUGGAUGAAAACUUACGGCAUCUCAUUCUCUAAUGCGCUUGAGUUCGCAAAGCGUUUGGAAAAUUACGUCGCUAACGACAUUUACAUACUUGAGCACAAUAUUGAGAAUGCUUGGACUGGCGUGAGACUAGGACACAACGAGUAUUCUCACAUGUUGUUUGACGAAUUCCACUCUAGAAUGACAGGCUUUGUCAUGCCUGAAGGCUACUUGGAGCAGCGUCUGGCUUCGCGUGUCGAUAAUUUGUGGAGCGAUUUUGUAGUGGCUGAAGCUGUGGAUUGGCAAGAGAAAGGAGGUGUUACGCCCGUUAAGAACCAGGGAAUGUGUGGAUCGUGUUGGGCUUUUUCCACCACGGGCGCUGUGGAGGGUGCCGUAUUUGUUUCAAGCGGGAAGCUGCCCAGCCUUUCAGAGCAAGAACUUGUGGAUUGCGAUCACAAUGGUGACAUGGGCUGUAACGGAGGGCUUAUGGACCACGCCUUUACAUGGAUCGAAGACAACGGAGGCAUCUGCACCGAGGAUGAUUACGAAUACAAGGCGAAAGCUCAGGUAUGCCGCAACUGCGAAAGCAUUGUAAAGGUUACUGGAUUUCAGGAUGUCAACGCACAAGACGAGCACGCUUUGAAAGUGGCGGUGUCGCAGCAACCAGUGUCGGUAGCUAUUGAGGCUGACCAGAAAGCGUUUCAAUUUUACAAGUCUGGAGUAUUCAAUCUCACUUGUGGCACGAGACUGGACCACGGCGUCCUUGUUGUGGGAUACGGAUCCGACGACGGACAAAAGUUUUGGAAGGUGAAGAACUCUUGGGGGCCUUCGUGGGGAGAGGAUGGAUACAUUCGUCUUGCUCGUGAAGAGAAUGGGCCUGCUGGGCAGUGCGGUAUCGCCUCUGUGCCUAGCUACCCGUUUGCGACAAUGGCCUCAAAGAUUGAGCCAACGAAUAAAACUGAGACGACUUCUAAAGAGCCGCAAUUGGAGUAUGUCGAUGAUUUUAUGGAGUUGGUCCUCGGCAACGAAGCACGCGAUGUCCGUCCGAAGAAUCUGGCUGACCUUUUUUCUUCGGCGAAGAUUACACAGUGCGGCGACGUCAGCAGUGCAAUAUUUGACUUUUCGCAUCUCGAGGUGACGCCGACAUCUCCUCAGCGCGGCCAACCGAUUGCAUUCUUUGGGAACGGUAAUUCGAAGCGUGACUUUGAGUCGGCGAACUUUCAACUGCAAGUGAAGCUCGCUGACAUGCAGGUGUUUGGACAUUCGGGCAAGCUUUGCGGCGAUAGUCAUAUUCCUCUUCCGCUUGGCCUGGGCCACAUCGAUGUGCACGGCUUUGCCUGUCCCGUGAACAAGGGAAAGAGCUCGGACAUGAAGGUUGACGUGAAUCUGCCCGUAAUUGCUCCCGCAGGCAACUACGAGAUCGUACUGAAGAGCGACGACGACAGCAACAAUUCCCUUUUCUGCGUGAAUGUCGAGCUUGACUUGACGGGUGAUGAUCGUUCCGCGACGAAGGCCCACGUGUAUGAGCCGAUUGAAUUCAUGUAA